AUGGCCCUCUUCGUGGACUCUGGCUUCUCUCUGCUGAAGCAGAACCAGCACAAAGACGUCAUGGAGUUUAAAGCGCUAUUUGAAGAAGAAGAAGAAGAGGAAGAUGAAGAAGAAGAAGAUGAACCGGAUCACUGCAAAGCCCGCACAGAGGGCGCCGUGUCCUCCCCGGAACCGGACCGGACCGGUCUGAUGGAGGGCCAGAGGAAGAGGAAGCGGACCAUCUUUAGCCGAACCCAGCUGUCCGAGCUGGAGCGGGCCUUCGCGGUGACCCCGUACCCGGACAUCACCCUGAGGGAGAGGCUGGCCGCGCACACGCACCUGCCCGAGAGCAAGAUCCAGGUUUGGUUCCAAAACAGAAGAGCCAGAAGCAUCAAGACCGUGAGACUCCCCAAGUCCACCAAGCCCACCCUGGGAGGUAGAGGCGUUGCUGAUCCCUCCCCCGGGCCCGUGACCGCCGGGUUCCUUUCCUCAACCACCCUGGCGGAAAUAUUCAGACCCGAUCAGAACCACUCCUGCGAGGACGUCCCGCAGAUCUACGCCGACUGGAUCCAGAUCUACAGCAACCCCCCCGGCAGCAUGCCGCCUCACCACCCGGCCUCCGCCCGGUCCUACCAGGCCUUCAGGAACUUCAAACCCCAGAGCGAGGCUCCUUCUGGGGCCCAUCAGGCCGCGUACGGAGGAUGCACGGCAGGUGGAGGUCACACCUCUGUGGACCAGGUGGUUCCUUCCCACCCUCAGCCGGUGUACUGGGAGGUGGCUCAGGGCCAGGGACACCAUCACCACCACCACCACCACCCGCAAAUGGGACCUCAGACCUCCAUGGGCUACAUCUCAGACCUGAUCUACAACGCCGCCAUCGUCACCAACUUCCUGGAAUUCUGAUCUGGGAACUAUUAUUCCCGGAUACUUAAACUCCUUUAUAUUCUCCCGUCCUGUUUGUUUCCAGCGCCGACUGUUCCUCAAACAUCUGUCUCCAGUUGUUGUUGUUGUUGUUAUUGUUGUUGUUGCCGGGUUUCAUCUUUUUGUGUGUUUCCGGUCGUGCUUUUAAUUACGUUUCUGGCUCAGUUUUCAACCAAUAAUCUGACUUUUAGACACAAAUUUAAACCAUAUAAAUGUCCACUUUUCAACCGUGAAUAACCUUAAUUUAAACAGACAA